AUGGAUGAUUCGAGUUUUGAUGCAAAGCAAGAAUUGGUCCGUCAAGCGUCCAGAUCAUAUUCAUCUAAUGAAAGCAAUUCUACUUCGACUAACGGCUUACAGUUACCGGAUACAAUAACAUCAGUCGAUGAAUACCGUUCUCUUUACGCUUCAUCGAUCAAAGAUCCAGAUCAAUUCUGGAAAUUGGCGGCUAAUCAGCUGGAUUGGUAUCAUUUUCCAACAAAAAUAAAAAAUGUGCAAUUUGAUUAUCGUUCAUCUCGUGGCGUUGACAUUAAAUGGUUUGAAGAUGGUGUCUUAAACGUGUGCUACAACUGUAUCGAUAGACACAUUGAACGUGAUUUGAAUAUUGCUCAACAAAUUGCAAUUAUUUUUGAGCCAGAUGUGCCAACGGUAGCGUCUAAAUAUGUAACGUACGGUGAACUACUACAUAGUGUUAAGAAAACUGCGAAUGUUCUAAAAAAACACGGAAUUACGAAAGGCAGCCAUGUCACAAUAUAUAUGCCGAUGGUGGUAGAAGCAGUUAUAGCUUUACUUGCCUGUGCCAGAAUUGGUGCCGUUCAUUCAGUUGUUUUCGCUGCUUUUAGUAGUAUCAAUCUAGCAGAGCGUAUUGCUGAUUGUGAAUCAACCAUAAUUAUUACUAGUGACGUAAGCAUGCGCGGUGGUAAAUGUUCUUCUUUGAAGAAUAAAGUAGAUGAAGCAUUAAAAUAUGAAAAAUGUAGAAAUGUCAAAACGGUACUUGUGUUCCAGCAGAAUCAUAUUCGACCCGAAAUCAAAAGCGAUUUUGUUCAAUCAGUUUUAAAUGGUUGGAUUAAUGGACGUGAUUUUUGGAUCAAUGAUGAAAUCACUCAAGUGAAUGAUAUUUGUGAACCAGAAUGGAUGAAUGCCGAAGAUCCAUUAUUUAUACUCUAUACAAGCGGUUCGACCGGUAAACCAAAAGGUAUUCUACAUACGACUGGCGGCUAUUUGACAUGUGUUAACCUUACAUUCAAAUAUGUUUUCAACUAUCAGCCUGGCGAUGUGUAUAUGUGUACAGCCGAUAUCGGCUGGAUUACAGGUCAUUCGUACGUCAUAUACGGUCCUCUGGCAAAUCGAGCAACUAGUCUGAUCUUCGAAGGUACUCCAACUUAUCCUGAUGCAUCACGCUAUUGGCAAAUUAUUGAUAAAUACAACGUCAAUAUUUUUUAUACGGCACCGACUGUUAUUCGUUCGCUCAUGGCAUAUAGCACUACAUUUGUUACCAGUACCAGUCGGGAAUCGCUACGAAUUCUAGGUACUAUAGGAGAACCAAUAAAUCCUGAAGCAUGGCGUUGGUAUCAUACAGUAAUUGAGUAG